GUCGAGGUCGAUGAUUUUGGACUGCCCUUGAAGCGGUUCAUCGCACCGGCGGCGGAACCCCCGGACUCGGACGCACAAGAUGCGACAAACGAUGCAAAUACGAGCAACGAGACGCAGGAUGGACGGCACGAAUCCAAAGAAGAACGUCAAAAGACAACAGAAGCUGCAGGAAGCAAGAAUGGGCGCACAUCGGGCAGCGAUUCUGAGGACACCGGUCCCAAGGGGGUUCAGCCAACACGAGAGAAUAUAUCUACAGCUGCCUCGCCAAUACAGCAGCAGGAAUCCAAGACAGAGACAGAGACAAGCCGCAAUGAACCCUUGAGUCCGCCGGCAAAUAAUAGCCCGUGGUCUCCCACAUCCCCAUCUUCGACUAAGGGAACUCGUGCGAUUGAAGCACCUUCCACCCCAAAGACCCCAAAGACCCCAAAUAGGGGUGUCCAGCCGAGCGAAAAGUUCCUCCAACCGAAAACCCCAGAACAAUUCAGCCAGACACAGAGACGAGAUCGAAGCUUCUCCAGCCCUGCGAGUAAUAACGGCGUCUCGGAAUACUCGCAUCAGCAUGUCCUGCAGCGCCAAGAGGAAAAGGAGGAGAAAAAAGAGGACGACGAUGGCGGCUGGCAGGAGAUGCCAUCUUAUGCCAGGUAUGACAUGUAUGACGACGACGACCGUUUAAUCGCCAGGGAGCAUGAUGCAGAUGAAGAUGAGACAUAUGGCUAUGCGGGACUGGGUGGUGCCGGAAAGGGAUAUACACGAGUUAUUAUGGAUGAAGAUGCCGAGUCGGCAACGAGCAUGGACGAACACACGCAGUAUCUAUUCAAGAACCCCAACGGGACCUCCAUAGGCGAAGAUGACGAGGCUAGAGACGCCGUGUCUCAGAUGCAGGCUACCAAGGACCUCCUCACCGAGGGACAGAGGAUUGCAUACGUCGGCGUUGUCCGCUUGGAAAUCGUGAACAUGGUCAAAGAAGCCGAAAAACUGCAAGUCACCGCGAAGUCUGCCAAGAAGCAGGUCGUCAUGGGUGCUGAAGCAGUUAAGAUGUGGGGUCAGAAGAUGAUGAUUCGGGUCUACGCUCACAUGGACAUCAGUGAUGCGGAGCAGAUCAUGAUUGAACAGCUAGCAGAUCACGGCGUCAUGGCACAGGAUCUCACGCCGGCCCUUCUUGCCAAUUCCCGAGUUCAGAAUCCCAUGGCUGAAGAGAAGAAGCUGGGGACUCCCAGGUCUAGCCGUUACCCGCCGCCGUACGAAGAGGAAAAGCCUGCUGAGAUGCCGCCCCCCUACGAGACACACAGUGGCGAGGAGUUGCCCGAGGUCAAGACGCCAUCGCAGAUGCCGACAACGGAGAAGAUUGAUAUUGACCUGCGAUGGACGGUGCUCUGCGACUUGUUCCUGAUACUUAUCGCAGACUCAGUAUACGAUGCCCGUUCGAGAACCCUGCUGGAACGGGUUGGCAAGAGCUUAGAUAUCACAUGGAUAGAUAUUUGCAAGUUCGAAAAGAAGGUUACAGAUGCAUUGGAGAUGCAGCAAGCAGCUGAGAAGGAAAACUGGAACGAAGAAGAACACAUGGAAAACCGGAGAAAGAUGGCCUUGAAGAAGAGAUACAUUAUGAUGGGCCUCGCCACCGUGGGCGGUGGCCUUGUCAUUGGGCUUUCAGCUGGUCUGCUUGCCCCUGUCAUCGGAGCGGGCUUGGCCGCUGGUUUCACGACCAUUGGUGUUACGGGCACAAGCAGUUUCUUGGCCGGAGCGGGAGGAGCCGCCAUCAUCACCUCCAGCGCAGCGGCCUCAGGAGGUAUCAUUGGUGGCAAGGCUGCCGGUCGCCGAACCGGCGCUGUCAAGACCUUUGAGUACCGACCUCUCCACAAUAACAAGCGUGUCAAUCUCAUUGUCACGGUGUCGGGCUGGUUGACGGGAAAAGUUGACGACGUCCGCUUGCCGUUUAGCACGGUUGACCCCAUCAUGGGCGACAUCUACUCAGUGUUGUGGGAACCAGAAAUGCUCCGGAGUAUGGGUGACACCAUCAACAUUCUGGCUACCGAGCAAGUUCUGGGCAGCACCAUUCUUGUCAGUCUGAUGGCUGCCAUUCAGCUGCCUGUGGUCCUGACUAAACUUUCCUACCUCAUCGACAACCCCUGGGCGGUGUCUCUAGAUCGUGCAACGUCGGCAGGUCUUAUUCUGGCCGACUCGCUCAUAGAACGUAGCUUGGGCACGCGGCCCAUCACCCUUGUUGGAUAUUCGCUUGGCGCCCGAGUCAUCUUCUCUUGCCUGAAAGAGUUGGCGAAGAAGGGCGCGUUUGGGCUCGUCCAAAAUGUAUACAUGUUUGGCUCGCCCAUUGUUGCCAACCGAGAUGAUUUUCUCAAGGCCCGAUCCGUGGUUUCCGGCCGCUUCGUAAAUGGAUAUAACCGAAAUGACUGGAUUCUCGGCUAUCUUUUCCGACUGACCAACGGCGGCAUCAGACGAGUCGCCGGUUUGGGCUCUCUGGACGAUUGCCCGUGGAUAGAAAGCGUUGAUGUGACGGACCUUGUGGCUGGUCAUAUGGAGUACCGUAAGGCUAUGCCUUCGCUUCUCACGAGAUGCGGAUGGAUCGUCACUAGCGAAGAGUUUUCCGAAAUUGAAGACCCUGACCCAGAUGACCAUCAAGGGCGACAACGAGAGCUUAUAAACGAAAUCGAAGAGGCACGUAGAGAACUAGAGAGAGAGGGCAGAGCGGGCAAGAGAACAAGCAAGUUUGGAUUGUUUGGGCGACGCAACAAGGCGGAGCGACAGGAGUGGGAGAUUUACGAAGAUUCGGGCAAAGAUUCCCCCAAGCCUGGGAAGAAAGUUGAGGACAAGGAUGGCAACAACUAUGGUGUGCUGUUCGACAUUGAUGCUAUCCGGGCUGAAUUGGCUAAAGAGGCUGAGAAUGAUGGCAACGAAGAGAUACAGGUCAAAGAGAUUAAGUCGACGCUCCCACCGAUGAAGCUCGACUAUUCGCCGGUAUCAUCGCCCCAGACGCCGGCCCGGGGAGCGAAUUUAGAACCCCACCGGGAUUCGUGGCAGACGUCAAAGAGUGCGGAAGUGCUGCCGAUGCGGUUUUCAAACGGCGGCUACAGUCCCCGGGAUCAACCUGCUACUACGGCGGGCACUCCUACGACCCGCCCUUCGCCGUCGCCGUACCUCUACGAACCUAGUCACCACGAAGACGAGAUUCAAAUGACGUUUGAUACGUCUUUCCAGGAGUCUCCGCGCCGACAUUCUACCUUUGACGGGGGAUCUAGCGCAUUUGACAGAGGAUCUAGCACAUUUGGCGGAGGAUCCAGCGCAUUUGACAAAGGAUCUAGCACAUUUGACGGAGGAUCUAGCAGGCCGGAGAUUAAGACGUCCAGCACGGUGCCAAACGUUACGCUGGCUGACCCAUGGAACGAUCCCGACGACGAUGACUUUGGCAAAGAGCAGGAGAUUUCCAUGACAUUCGCGUAA